AUGGCUCAGGUCGACUCCAUCGAUGCCGUCGUUCGCACGGCCGGUGACGCUACCGCUACCGGCCUUGCCCAGCCUUCGUCCGAUAUCAUACCAAUUGAGCGUCCCAAGCUCAAGGGCCGCCAGCGCCUGCUCUCUGGCCUGCAGCGCAUAGGCUCCUCGCCUUCGCUGGCUAAGAUGGGCAGGUCCUCGUCGGCAUACCGCGGCGGCAAGGCUUCCAUGUCCUGCGUCUCGCUGUCAGCAGCUGGCUCCCCUUACAGCAAUUCCUACGGCAGCUCGUGGUCCUCCGAGCUCUCCAACGGCUACUCUACCGCCCCUACUUCCGUUUCCAGCUCCCCCGCUCCUGAGACACAGUACCUGGACAAAACCCGCAUCCGGCUUUUGGACGGUCAGAGCACCCCUUCCUCGGUCCCCCUGCCCGCAGACGUCAAGCCCGUCUCCCGCCUGGGGACACCCCUCCCCGGCGUCGACGAAGACUAUUUCUCGCGUCCGGUGCAGCAGUCCAAAAAGCCACAACCCCGCCCCAACUUCAACUUCUGGGGGGACAUGCCCCAAGAGCUUCGCACCGAAAUCCUCAGCUACCUGAAGCCUAAGGAAAUCGUACGCUCCUCUUCAGUCUCCAAACAAUGGCACAAGAUGUGCUUCGAUGGACAGCUGUGGGCCCGUCUCGACGUUUCGGAAUUCUACCGCGAUAUUCCGGCCGAUGCCCUGGUCAACAUCAUCACUUCUGCUGGCCCUUUCGUGCGAGAUUUGAACCUUCGCGGCUGCGUCCAGCUACGCGAUCGAUGGAACUCCAAGGGCCUUGCUGAUGCUUGCCGGAACCUGGAGAACUUUUCGCUCGAGGGUUGCCGUAUCGACCGGAGCUCGAUCCACUGCUUCCUGCUGCAGAACAAUCGCCUGGUCCACAUCAACCUGUCUGGACUGGCUGGCGCGACCAAUUCUGCCAUGAAAAUCCUUGCAGAGCAUUGCCCAAAGGUUGAACACCUCAAUAUUUCGUGGUGCAACAACGUUGAUACUCGCGGCAUCCGCAGGGUUCUUGAGGGUUGCCCGAAUCUACGGGACCUCCGCGCUGGCGAAGUACGUGGGUUCGACGAUGUUGAUUUUAUGUUCGAGCUGUUCAAAAGGAAUACGCUCGAGCGGUUGAUUCUCACCAACUGCGAUAGCAUUAAUGACGACUCCCUGAGCGCUCUCGUAGAGGGCGUCGACAGCGAAGUAGACGUUCUUUCCGGCCGGGCAGUCGUUCCACCUCGAAAGUUGAAGCACUUGGACCUUACCAGGUGUCGCGGACUCACGGACAAGGGCAUCAAGAAGCUCGCGUACAAUCUCCCCGACCUGGAAGGCCUCCAGCUCUCCAAGUGUUCAACCCUCACAGACAAUGCCCUGCAAACCAUUCUGCCGACCUUCCCUAAGCUCACCCAUCUUGACCUUGAGGAACUCGACGAACUCACAAACCCCACCCUCCAGGCUCUUGCUUCCUCGCCAUGCAGCGCCCAUUUGUCUCACCUGAGCAUCAGUUACUGCGAACUUCUUGGCGAUGCAGGAAUGCUGCCAGUACUCAAGUCAUGCACCAAGCUCCAGACCUUGGACAUGGACAACACACGUGUGUCGGAUCUCGUCCUUACCGAGGCUGCCGCCAUGAUCCGAGCCCGGAACAGGGCAGCGCGGCCACUGACUGGUUCGGAGCGUCCGACGGUUGGCCUGCGCCUUGUCGCGUACGACUGCGCUAACGUGACGUGGACGGGCGUGCGCGAAGUGCUGAGCCGCAACGCCGAGAUCACGACGCCUCCACGUGGCACCACAUCUUCCGGGCCCACUUUCCCGCGCGAGAUCAUCCAAAUCAAGUGCUUCUACAAUUGGCAACCAACCGUGGAAGAGCAUACCAAGCGCGUUCUGCGGGGUGACUUCCAGGCCGCGGCAAGGCUCGAACGGAAGUGGGCAGACUGGAUGAUGAUGAAUGAGGAGGCUGGUGCUGGCGGCGCCGGUGGAAGAAGGCGUAGAAGGAGAGCGCGUGAGGCACAAGCGUUGCAUGAGGACGAGGAAGGAGGCGGCGCAGGCCUCGGAAUCGGUAGGCGGAGAAGGGCCCGAAGCGGCCCAGGUGGUUGCACGGUGAUGUAA